GACCGCUUAAAGAGAGAACUCAUAACCAAGUACAGAGGCGACAGUGAGUUCAUUUCCAAGCAAGAUGAUUUUGCGGUUCUUAACUAUAUUGAAACGUACGGAAGCGAAGAACCAUCCCUAUCAGUUAUGGAAGCCAUCGAAAAGGCCUUAAAGCAUGAAGAUUAUAAGGAUAUCUUUAUAUCUCGCUCUGAAUCUGAUUUCUUAGACGAAAGUGGUUUUGAGGAAGAUGAAUUGGACUUAGAUUAUAUUCAUCCAAAGCCUUUGGACAUAGAACAACCAAUCCUGCGGGAGAUCCCUGUCGAGCUUCCUAGCCGCACAGUUGUGAGAACGAUUCUUCAAGAAGUUUCUUCAUCGCCGAUAACAGAUCCGGAUCAUGAAAGUGGUGAGGACACUAUGGGGCCAGAUCAAGAGAAUGUCAAGCCCAAUGAUUUUCAAGAAACCCUCGAAGGGCUUUUGGACACUACGGAAGAUCCGGACAACAUAGUUCAUGAUCCUGAGCUUACAACUCACUUCAACAAUGUGGUGACCAGCAUGGAAAUGUUUGUCGAAUAUCGGCGUCUAAUAUCAUAUUAG